CCGAUUCUUCUUAUUACAAAAUUGUUUCAUUUUCCUUUCAACUGCUAAUUUUAAGUAAUUAGCAAUGGACCGUAGAAUGAUGCCGGCGGCACACCUGCGGCAAAAGAGCGAAGCAGCUCCGUCGUCGCCUGUGUCUUUUCAUCGGCACGUGCGCUCAGGAUCAGCUGGAUUGUCGAAUGUGAGAAAAGUGCAAACGAAGGCCGCGGCACAACGAUUGGCUGCCGUGAUGGCACACCAACCGUCUGAUCAUAAGAAUGGUGACGACGACGACGACAACGGUGACGAUCAUUCUCAUGAUAAUAUCAGCAUUGGCCUUGCUGGCACUGGUGGUAGAGCAAUGCCUUCGCGCCCCCGCUCUCCUUUGAUCAGACCCAUGCCUCAAAGGCGUAUUCAGGUGAUGAACCAACCAGCUGAAGAGGAUAAUGGUGAGGCCGAUGAUUUAGGCUUGGUCACUGAUGUGAGCAUUGGGCUGGCUGGGGGAAGAGCAAUGCGAACUCGCCCACCUUUGACCAAACCUACACCUCAAAGGCAUAAACAAGUGAUGGAGGAUGGCAACUCGAACGAUGAUAACCGUUCACCCACUGCUAAGUCCAAAAACUCUGAGCAAGAGGCAGCAAAUGAAGAUCAUGAUGAGGACAAUGAUUAUAGUAGGUUCAGCAGAAAAGGAAGUAUUGGGGUUCCUGGUGGAAAGUCAAUGCAGUCGCCCACACCUAUGAGGUCACCUACACCCUUGCGGUCACCCAUACCUAUGGCAACUUCUGUCAGCACAAAUCAAGAAGAACAGGUUGCUGCACAUUCAACAUCAAGUGCUCAAUCAUAUUCAUCCAUGAACUCUGUGGGACAACCAUCAGUUGAUUUUGGGAGUACAAACUUGAAGGAAGCUUUUCCUGAGCAAUCUGCUUCUACUCUAGAAGAUGAGGUUGAUAUUCUACAGGGAGAAAGUGAAAGUUUACUUCAAAUUAAUGCUGGGGGUGAGGCAACAGAUGCUCUGCAACACCUCUGUGAUGCUGAGAAUGAAAUUAAAUCACUUCGGGCCAUGACUCAGAGACUGACACUGACGCAGGAAGAGAUGGUUUUGUUAUUACUCCAAUAGAGCACAUCUCAU